AUGCUGAGGGCAGGCAGGCGGCUCGCAGCCGCCAUGGCCCCUAAGGGGAACCCAGCGCUACACGCCAAAGCUGAAGUUCCUGACGUUUUGGUGUCCUUCGGCAAUCAAGCAGAUCAGAUUACUUUUGUGAGCCACCCAGGAGUGAUGGCAGUGUCUAAGUUGUUGGAAAUGGGUCAUGUCACCCAGUACCGAGCGGUCCUUACACAGUCUGAUGUCCACGCGAUUGCAGAGCAUGACCCUGAUUUGGCAAGAAAAGCACAAACUGCAGUGGACGAGGGCUUAGCAGUUAACUUCCAGGACUUGCAGUACUUUGACAAACCAGAGUUUGUAGCUGCUUUCCGAAAGGAACAGCAAUUGCUGAAAGAGGUUCGUGGCGAGGUCUUGAACGCGCCCAAAGGGCAGUACAAUAUUCCAAAGGCGGUUAAGGAUUACAAGUUGCCCAUGGCCCCUCGGAACUGGCGUCCCGAGGUGAAUGUUCCUUCCGAGGCCCUUGAGGUGGAUCCCCAGCUACGGAUGAAGGAGGAACUGAGCGGCUUGGUGCGCAAGCAUCUUGCAACUUCUAAGCCCACAGCACAGCUGUCGGGCUAG